CCGACGUUAAAAAGCCACUUUUGGAAGUUUCCAUUCCACAGUCGUUAAUCGCUUGAGAGACGGUCACCACGUUCCGCAUUACAGACGCUCGAGUUCGUUUUAGUUUUUCAAAAAUACUUUACAAAUUUGUCUUCAGAUCUUCCUCAAAAGCCUUUCUAAAAAUGGGUUUAAAAGAAAAGAUGUUGACAGGAGGUGACAAAGAGGUGGUCGAGGCGGCGGUAAGGAUUUGCCGAGGAUAUCUGAACGGGCCGUGGAAGAAAAUAACCGACCUCGACGUGAACGUGAAGAGGCUCAGUGGUGGAUUGAGCAACUUCUUGUACCAUGUCAAACUUGAUGGAUUUGAAGGUGUUAAGCCUGAACAAGUACUUUUACGUGUUUACGGCCAGACUCACGGAGAAGGAGCAAUUGAAAGUCUGAUAACAGAAUCCGUUAUAUUCACGUUGCUCUCUGAGAGGAAAAUCGGUCCCAAGCUUUACGGUGUUUUUCCUGGUGGAAGGAUUGAAGAAUUCAUUCAAAGCAAUUCUUUGACUUCCCAGCAGUUGAGAGAUCCGGAAAUGUCUCUUGCCAUCGCUGAAAAGCUGGCUGCUGUUCAUUUGAUGAACAUUCCUAUUAAUAAACAGCCCCAGUGGAUCUGGGACACAAUGUCUAGGUGGCUUGUAACCAUAGAACAAGCUGAACCAAUGGAAGGCCCAGACACAGUGUUAAACAGUAUAGAUUUUAAGACUGAACUGCAGUGGUUAAAGAACCACUUGAGCAAGAUUCCAUCACCAGCUGUUUUUUGUCACAACGAUUUGCAAGGAGGAAAUAUUCUAUUGCAGCAGAAGAGUGAUGGGUCUCAAAGCCUAGUCUUUAUCGAUUUUGAGUACUGUUCAUAUAAUUACAGAGGAUUCGAUCUUGCAAAUCAUUUUAUCGAAUGGACCUACGAUUACACUAACAAGGAAUACCCGCAUUACACAGCAAAUAGUGAAAAUUACCCAUCAGAGGAUAGCAUGCGAUUAUUUAUAGAGAAGUAUUUGUCAACGAUGUACCCUGAUGGUAAAAUAAAUAAACCGGAAGUUAACAACGUCAAGACAAUGAUUACCGAAGUGAAGCAUUAUACAUUGGCUUCGCAUUUGCUUUGGUGUUUGUGGUCCAUUGUGAACGCCAGGACUUCUUCAAUUCCUUUUGGUUAUUGGGAAUAUGCACUGGAGAGGUUCACAUCAUACAAGAAGCUCAAAAGCCAAUUGAUUUCAUCAAAGGAAAGUCUAUCUACAAAAAGAAAGGUAAUCGAUUAAUGAGCCAAUGGGUGCAGAUGUUGUUCCUUUUGUUGUUGUUUCCUAGAAAGGAGGUACAUUUUUAU